AUGUCUACAAACAACAGACCCCACCAAGGCGACAAAACAUACUUUGAACAACAACGCGAACUCGUACUCCAAGAUGUUGCGACACAAGUGCUCCAAAACAUGAACACGUUAAACCGAAGCUUAGAGAGUGUCAUCGCUGUACGUUCUCUCUUUCCUGUCUCGACGCACCCAGAGGAUCCGUCCUCCAGGUACCACCAGCACGAUAUGGCAAACAAUACUGACAUUCUCGCGAAAUACAGNGUCGGCAACGAAUUCGGCCAAGUCGAGGGCCUCUGGUCCAUGUUUGAGAAUGUCAUGGCGCAACAACAACAAGAAACCCAACCCCACGAGGAAGAAGGAAACACGCAAGCACACACUGGCGCUCAAGAAAGAGGACAAUAG